CUUCCGAGCUCGUGUGCGUGUCUGUGUUGCGUGUGUGUUUGCGACGGACCCUGCAGAACCCGGGGACCGAACCCUCCAUGAGAACUUCUCUAAAGGUGGAUACAGCGCGGGAUGUGCUUUAAAUUUACACCACUGGUGACUGGGUCGCAUCCAAUGAGCUGGAGGGCAACGCGGUAAAUUCAAGAAUCCCCGUCUGCGUCCCCUUGUUUUUCCCAAGAGGGCAAACAGCGCCGAGGGGAACAAGAAGGAGGAGGAAGAGAGAAGCCAGGAGCAGUAAGCGCUGCGGCGGCCCGUCAUGAAGGACUACGUGUUCAACUGCUGUUUUCUCCCACCUCCUCCCCCAGGUGAGGUGGAGGUGGAGCCGUCGUCGCGGCGACGCGGCAACAUGGCGGCGGCCCCCCCGCACAAGCCCUUCCUUAUCUUCUUUGAUUUUGACGAGACCAUCGUGGACGAGAGCAGCGAUGACGUGGUGGUGCAGGCGGCUCCGGGGCAGCGUCUCCCGGCUUGGCUGAAGGACACGUACCAGCCGGGCCACUACAACGAGUACAUGCAGCGGGUGCUGGCCUACAUGGCGGAGAAGGGCGUGACGGAGCAGGCCAUCCGCACGGUCAUCGAGAAGAUCCCCGCCUCGCCCGGCAUCCUCGCCCUCUUCCAGUACCUGCGCACCCGGCCGCAGGACUUCGAGAUCGUGCUGGUGUCCGACGCCAACACGUUCUUCAUCGAGACGUGGCUGCGGCGCGCGGGGGCCCGCCACCAGUUCCUGAAGAUCUUCACCAACCCGGCCUCCUUCAACGAGGACGGCCGCCUGCUCCUGGGGCCGUACCACGCGCACGGCUGCCCCCGCUGCCCUGAAAACAUGUGCAAGCAGGUCAUCGUGCGGGACUACCUGGCCAGGCGGACUCAGGAGCGCGGGCGCCCCUUCCAGCGAGUCUUCUACGUGGGCGACGGCGCCAACGACUUCUGCCCCUCGCUCAUCCUGGGCCCCCGCGACACGGCCUUCGCCCGGCAAGACUACCCCAUGCACAAGCUCAUUGUGGAGAAGGUGACGACGCAGCCGGCUGACUUCAAGGCCACCGUGGUGCCCUGGGCAAGCGGGGAGGAUGUGGUGGCGCGUCUCAAGAAGGUGGUGGAGGAGAGGUGAAGCGGCGCGCUGCAUCGGGUGGCACGCUUUCCACACGCCGCCAGUCUGACACAACAGACCCAACGCACACCACACACCCGCACAGGCAGACAUCCUCAGACGCAGUUCAGUCACGGGCGGCAUCCGUCCCACAUUAUAGCCACGUGUCCGAUGCAGAGUCGCGGUGGUCCGGAGCCUAUCCCGGAAACGGGGUUCGCGACAGGGUGCGCCCUGGACGAGACACCGCUUCGUAGUAAAUGCAGUGAGAGAGGGACACGGUGAGGACACAAGCGAGGACUCGGCUCUUGUCCCUCUCGCACUCCGUCUGCUGCCAAAUACAUAAGCACAAGUUCACAACUGUGACCUCAUUGGGACGAAGAUCUCCGUCCACGAGUCCUUCUUACCCAAGGGCUGAGACUGGGGAUCGGAACCCAACUUGACCCGGGACCAAAGUUCAGCUCGCAGACCGAGCUCACGCAAAACACUCAUGAAAUCGUUUUCACUGAUCUGGACCAGGUCAGGUCCCUUCCAACAGUUAUUCUUAUUAUUAUUAUUAUUAUU